CGGGGCCCAUAAAGCGGCGGCGGCUGCGAGCGGCACCCCGAGCCCCGCCCUGCCCCGACGCCGCGGCCCCACCCCCGCGGCCCCGACAGCCAGCACCCAGCGGCCGCGCGCCACCGGAGCCCUGGCGGAUUUUAUUUUUAAGUAAUCUCUACAUCCGACGUGGGGCCCGAACUCCCAGCUCCAAGAUCAAGAGUUGCACGCUCCCCUGACUGAGCCAGCCAGACGCUCCUGUUUCGCCAGUCCGCUCCUAUUUCGCCAAUCCAAUGGCCAGGAAGGCGCUGAUCGUCCUGGCGCACGCGGAGAAGACCUCCUUCAACCACGCCAUGAAGGAGGCUGCGGUGGAGGCCCUGGAGGCCGCAGGGUGGGAGGUCACCGUGUCGGACCUGUACGCCAUGAACUUCAACCCCGUCAUCUCCAGGCGGGAUGUGACAGGGACGCCCAAGGACCCCGGGAACUUUCAGUACCCCGCGGAGGCCGCUCUAGCCUAUAAGGAGGGCCGCCUGAGCCCCGACAUCGUGGCCGAGCAGAAGAAGCUGGAAGCCGCAGACCUGGUGAUCUUCCAGUUCCCACUGCAGUGGUUUGGAGUCCCUGCCAUCCUGAAAGGCUGGUUCGAGCGAGUGCUCAUCGGAGAGUUUGCUUACACGUACGCGGCCAUGUAUGACAAGGGACCUUUCCGGAAUAAGAAGACGGUGCUCUCCAUCACCACGGGCGGUAGCGGCUCCAUGUACUCUCUGCAGGGUAUCCACGGAGACAUGAAUAUCAUUCUCUGGCCAAUUCAGAGUGGCACUCUGCAUUUCUGUGGCUUCCAAGUCCUGGAACCUCAACUGACCUAUAGCAUUGGGCACACUCCUAUGGAUGUCCGAAUUCAGAUCUUGGAAGGAUGGAAGAAACGCCUGGAGAAUAUCUGGAAUGAGACUCCACUGUAUUUUGCUCCAAGUAGCCUCUUUGACUUAAACUUUCAGGCAGGAUUCUUAAUGAAAAAGGAAGUGCAAGAUAAGCAGAAAAACGAGAAAUUUGGCCUUUCUGUGGGCCAUCAUUUGGGCAAGUCCAUCCCAACUGACAAUCAGAUCAAAGCCAGAAAAUGAAACUCACAAGGCUUUAUUUCCUUCUAAAAUGUAGCCAAAUCGAGGUUUCUUUUUUUGGACUUCUUUGACUUGCUUUAGUCUUUGAGAUUUGUGUGUUUUUCUUUUUCCACAAGGAAUGACUAGGAGACAGAAUAGACUGUAUUCCUAUAUUUUUGGGUAGUUGUAGUAAAUAUAACUGAUUCUUAUGAUUGCGAUCAUGGCAAAAUCUGAUUAGGCUCAAGAGGCCACUUAGGAUAUACAGCAGGGAAAGAUGGAGAAAAGAUACCAGACAAUAUUCUUUAAGGUCCUCUAUACAAUAAUUCUUCUUUUUAAGUAUGAAUUUUUAGGGCUGAAUCUGCGAGACAGCAUCCAGCCCUUUAAUGACAUACUUUUCUUUUAGUUACCUCUCUUUGGCUUAUGGCAGAAGGGAAUUGGUCAGAGAAAAAAAAUGGGUGCUGACCCAAGGGACUGGUUUAGUAGUUACUAAUCUGUGCUUGUUUACCAUAGAUACUGGCUUUAAUUACUGCGCCGUGACUAGUAUGCCUAAUGUGAGAGUUCCUCUUGCUUCAAUUUUUGUAGUUUGUAUACAGUACCUAGAGAUACUUUCAAGUGAAAAGAUAAUAAAGGUCUCUUCUUUGUCUCA